GUAACUAGUUGCAGAACUAGUACAUUGUAGUCGACGAAGACCUGGUCCGCGGUCGCUUCCCGCGUAACUAGUUGCGUAGCUAGUAGCAGAGCUAGUUCGAGAGGGGUCAAUUGACCCCUUUGGUUCUACAGGGUACAGAUACACGUGCGCUCAGCUGUGCCCCCCCCCCAAAUGACGCCUGUUUUCAUUCAAGUCUGAUACUGCACAAAUCGCGACACUUUGAGACUGAGAAACAACAACACACUGUACUGCAACGAGAUUCAUUCAACAGCAUUUCAGACGUUCUUCGAUCGAAAUCAAUUGGAAGCUAAAAACUACUCCAGAACGCAAAUAUUUAGAUAAGUAAAUAUGUGAUGAUGUACUAACCAUCGUAGAUGCACACAGAUACAUCCCAGGAUACAUCCCCCGAUGAGAUAAGCACCCCCAUUCAUUUCAACAUCUUCGAGUGUCGUACAGCGAGAACCCCACCGUCAUGGAGAAGGAUGGGAGGGCACAAAAGCCCCCAAAGAAGAAGGCCGCAACGAUCUUGAGUGGAAUCGAAGAAGUACCAGCGCCAGAGGCAGCCCCAAAUCCAACGACAGCCGGUGGAAGGGCAAGGGGAACCUGCCCCUGUCUCCCGGCUAGUGGUGGGACCAUUGCGGCUUUGGUGAGCGGUUUGCACCACUCGGGGGCAUGUGGCUUCCAGUCGCUGCACCAGCCACUGCUCGAAUGCGAGGAGCGGGCCCUGGCCAUCAAGCAACACCUCAGAGGGCAUCGGGGCCAUGGAAUUGAGGCGUCUCCCCACGAGUCCAUGCCGCGAUUUAUAGUCGAUAUCGAGGAGGAGCCAUCGGAGUCGUCGCAGAGUAUUGGAGGGCAGGAACACCAGGAUCAGGAACACCCAGAGCAAGAGCAUAGUGGCGGUGGCGGUGGUGGUGCCGGCGCGAGCUCCUCUCGACGCUUCAGUCACUUCAAUCUGGCCCUUCGUCGUUUCUCCCACAUCCAUGUCCACGUAAAUGUGGGGGGGAAGAAGUUUCAUUAGCCUAAUGGAAGCCAUAAACAUAUAAAGAACAUCGAUGUAAUUACACGUGCCUUUCACUCGAUUGCGGAUGGUUGGUCAUCGGUUGGCCUUCUGAGAGCAUAAAUUAAAGUGAAACUCUUUAUGCAAGGCAGCGGCUCUUGGACUCUUGAGCCUUA